UCUACAGGAAUAAUCUCCAUGUGUUGAUGGUACUGUUCUCAAGAUUACUAAACUGCAGAAAACACCCACAGGCACGAAUCAUCACUUUAUUCGUUAGGGAUUUCUCUCGAAAAUUUCGGGCUAAAGGAAAUUCUAAUGUUACUCAGAGAACUACAUUAAAUGGUGCCAAAACGGAGAAUUCUGUUCCCCUUAAAGCUGCUUCUCUUUCUUGGAGACCAAUCAUCAAACAACUGUUGUUCACUCUGCCCUUCCUCUUCGUUGUCCAAACUGGAAAUGCUUUGUUCGAAGUAAUAGAAACUAAAUUCCAACAUGCAUUGACAUCUAUACAGACAAGAUUUGAUGUUUAUGAUGAUAGGUGGGGUCAAAUCAUAAGAAAUUACUGCAAUUGUCCUGAUACAUUGUUUAAUAGAAGGAUUAUUCAGCUGAUCGUAUUCUCAUCUUUUUGCUUCAUUAGUUCCAUGUUCCUUCUCAGAUCAGAGAAAUUAAUGAGAAUGUUUGGAGCAGGCGCAUCGUCUUCAUUUUUCUCUCCAAUAACCUCUAUAUUUUUACAUGGUUCUGUACCCCAUUUAGCUUGCAACAUGCUCUCCUUGUACGUUUUGACAAUUGGCUGGCAUGGUAAGGGCCCAGUUGCAAGUGGCUCAUUAGACUGUAUGAGUCACCAACACUUGUUAACUUUUCUCAUAAUGUCAGGUGCUGUAGUAUCCCUCGUUUGUAAUGCAAGGUAUGCGCUGCUCAGGAGUAGGGAUAUCUCCGUGGGGUUCUCAGGAUCUCUGUGUGCUCUGCUUAUGUUUGAAAUCGCCCAGAAACCAGAGAGCAGAGUUUCAUUUAUCUUCACAAGGCCGGACCGGCACUUUUCUGCGGGAGAUGCUGGGAAACUUGUUGUGUGCUUUGAACUGGUACUUUUAGCUCUGUCAAGAUAUCACAGAAUUGAUAGUUUUGGGCACCUUGUUGGCCUUGGUUUUGGGUUUAUGUACAGCAAAUUUGGUAUUAAAAGAUGGAAUGAAGAAAUCAGAAUAAUGACAAAACAUUGUGAUGAUGAGUUAAACAGUAAGUGAAGGAGUGCAAGUGGAGGGUUGGUUUGGUUAAGAAUUUUAUAAAAUUCUUUGUUAUAAGAAUUAUUAAUUUACAGAGGUUUACUGACAGAACGGACCCUAAAAUUCUUAGUAGUUGGAUCGAAUUUAGACAGAUCUGGUACAGAUUUGGUACUGCUUUAAUAAAGUUUUAGUCAGGCAUCAUGGUUUGAAUUCAAUCGAGUGUGGCCUAGAUUUGGUUUGUUAUAAAUUCCAGUUUAAUAAGGAUUUGUUGGGGCUAUCUGUGCUGCAACACCAAAAUAGUUUUCAAAUUCGAAGAUUUGGGUAAUUUAGUUGUUUAAAUUAUUGAUCAUUUUUGAUUGUGUACAUUGUAUCUUGAAUUUUCUAUUCCAUUUAAUAUUUUGUAUUGUCCUCAAUAAAUUUGAUGAUUUGACAUCUUGUAUAAAAUGUCUAAUUUACAUUCAAUGAAAUAUUUGAGUGUUUUUAAUGCAAAAAGAUAUCAUGUUCAUUGUUCAUUGUACUUAUAAUAACAUUGUUGAUGAUUAAUUACGGUUGAGAUGUGAUCAAGAAGGCAUCUAACAUCCUCUUCUCAUCAGGUAGGAAUAUGACUCAGUUUUUACCUGCCAAUUUACUUGCGUUAUUUGCACCACGUGACCCCCUACCUUAUCUCCCACCCCCUCCACCAAAACAUACGAAUGAAGACUGCACUCUGACUGGUGUAGGUGUUUACAGUCACCUUUUUGAAGAUCCAGUUGACACUCCUGAGGCUAUGAAGUGUCCUUCAAGGUUGGAACGUAAAGAAGCAAAACGUUUGGAAAAAGAAGAAUCUCAGAAGAACCGUGUUGAACAGGAACUUCUGAAAUGGGAUCCCCAAAACGAUCCAAACGCUACUGGAGACGCUUUUAAAACCGUUUUUGUAUCGAGAAUCAACUAUGACACAAGAGAGGAUAAGCUGCAACGUGAAUUUGAAGAGUUUGGUUAUAUCAGAAAAAUACAUAUGGUCCGUGAUGUUAGGACAGGGAAACCGCGCGGUUACGCUUUUAUUGAGUACGAGACUGAGAAGGGUAUGAGGGCUGCUUACAAAUAUGGAGAUGGUAAGAAGAUUGACGGACGACGUGUCGUAGUGGAUAUUGAACGAGGACGGACUGUUAAGAAUUGGAAGCCAAGAAGAUUUGGGGGAGGUCUUGGUGGGUCACGAAUUGGAGCCCCAGAGUUCAACAUUACUCACUCAGGAAGAGUUGAUCCCAGACAAUAUCAAGAGAAGUUAGAUAGAGCUAAUAGGGCACGAGAUAGAGCCCUCAAUAACAUUGAUAAUGAGAAGGAGGGAUCUCCGUCAGAGUCGAGGGAGAUGUCUAGAGACACAUCGGAAAGGCGCAGGUCAACUGAACGUGAGAGAUCCUUCAAGGAUGAAGAUAAGAGAGAAGAGAAAAAGGAGGAUAGAAGAAUCACAAGAAGGGAUGAUCGUGGAGAGCGUGAAGAUGAUCGUGGUGAUAGAAAGCGUGACAGGGACCGGCCAGAACGUGAUGAUGAUCGAAGGAGAGAUAGGGAUGGAGACAGGAAGCGAGAGAGACGGGAUGAUGACAGAGACAGGGACAGGAAGAGGGAUCGCAGAGACAGAGACGAUCGACGGGGGGACAGAGACAGGAUGGGAGACAGGGACAGGGAUAGAGAUCGUGGAGAUCGGGAAAGAGAAAGGGAGAAAUAUCCAGAGAGAGAGGGAGACAGAGAGAAAAGUAGAGAAAAGGAGGGAAGCAGAAGCAGAGAGAUGAAGGAGGGAAGCAGAGAGAUGAAGGAGGGAAGCAGAGAGAUGAAGGAGGGCAGUAGAGAAAGGAAGGAGGAAAGUAGAGAAAGGAAGGAGGAGGUAGAGGAGGAGCGACCUAAAGAAGUUGAGGAAGUACCUGAAGAACCUAGUUAUCCCCAGGAAGAGGCUCAAGUAGCAUCUUAGUCUGGUUACAAGAGACACUGAAAGUGAGACUGGCUUGAUGUUUCUGGACCUAUUUUAGCAUCUUUUAUGAUCUAAUGAUCUGAUUUAAACCCA